GCAGCCGUGUCUGACUAACUUGCAUAUGGCCAACUCGAUGGAGGAUUGCUACAGCAGGACGCCAAGGGAAAAACCACAGGGCUUUUCUCUGGACUGAGACGCAUUAUCUCCAUCGCACGAUGAUAUAAUCAUCGAGAAAAGGGGGAAGACUUCAGGACAUCCGAAGUUGGGUCCAGAGAUGUGCGGGGCCGAGAUUGCAACGUUACGACGUGUUGUUCUGCUUCUGUUGUGUCCAAGCGUGCCAGUUGCAUUUUGAGACGGUGUCUACCACAGGCCCAGGAGGCAGUAAAUUGUUCUAAAGGAAAAGGACAACAAACAAGGGAAAUGACCAUGGCUGGAGCCCCAGGCUUCUUCUCCAACGGACCUGCAUGGACGGUCACCGACACAGAAAUGACCAACCUAUACCGAGAUUUGGAACUGGGGACCGUACUAACAUUAUUUUAUUCGAAGAAGUCUCAACGCCCGGAGAGAAGGACGUUUCAAGUGAAGCUUGAGACCCGACAGAUCAUUUGGACAAGGGGCACAGACAAGAUUGAAGGAGAAAUUGAUAUCAGAGAGAUCAAGGAGAUCCGGCCGGGGCUGAAGUCGCGUGACUUUGAGCGCUACAUGGAGGAUUCGGCUGCUCGACUGGACACCAGCCACUGCUUCGUCAUUCUCUAUGGGACCGAGUUUCGUCUCAAGUCCCUCAGCCUGGCAGCCACGUCGGAUGAGGAGAUGCUGAUGUGGGUGAAAGGCCUGACAUGGCUGGUGGCCGACACACUCAAGUCUCCCACUCCUCUGCAGAUAGAGAGGUGGUUACGGAAGCAGUUUUACUCAGUGGAUCGCAACAGGGAAGACAAGAUUUCCUGCAAAGAUCUGAAGAACAUGCUGUGUCAGGUCAACUACAGAGUACCUAACAUGAGGUUCCUCCGAGAGAAGCUUCCGGACGCGGAGCUGAGAAACGGCGACGUCUCUUACUGUCAGUUUGCCCAGCUCUAUCGCAGCCUAAUGUUCGACGCCCAGAAAACAGUGGAGUUGAUUCAAUUAAGGGGGUAUCCAAUCAUCCUCUCCAUCGAAGACCACUGCAGUAUCGUCCAACAGAGGAACAUGGCCACCUUCUUCAAGAAGGUGUUUGGAGAGAUGUUGCUGACCAAGGCGGUGGACAUCUCAGCUGACGGUCUCCCCUCACCCAAUCAGCUCAAGAGGAAGAUUCUCAUUAAGCAUAAGAAACUAGCCGAGGGCAGUUCCUAUGAAGAAGUGUCCACCUCAACGCCCUACUCUGAGAAUGACAUCAGUAAUUCCAUCAAGAACGGCAUCUUGUAUCUCGAGGAUCCAAUCAACCACGAGUGGUACCCUCACUUCUUCGUUCUGACCAGUAGCAAGAUUUACUACUCGGAAGAGACAACGAGUAACCAGGGCAACGAUGAUGAGGAGGAGCACAGAGAGGUCUGUAACGGCAUGGACCAGCACGUGACGGAGAAGUGGUUCCAUGGGAAGCUGGGCGCAGGGCGUGACGGUCGGCAGAUCGCCGAGCGGCUGCUCUCAGAAUACUGCGUAGAGACUGGAGCGCCCGACGGCUCCUUCCUGGUGCGCGAGAGCGAGACCUUCGUGGGAGACUACACCCUGUCCUUCUGGCGGUCCGGUCGGGUCCAGCACUGUCGGAUCCACUCACGCCAGGAGGCGGGCAGCCCCAAGUUCUACCUAACGGACAACCUGGUGUUCGACACGCUGUUUGCCCUCAUCACCCACUACCAGACGGUGGCGCUGCGCUGCAACGAGUUUGAGAUGAAGCUGACGGAGCCCGUGCCCCAGACCAACGCGCACGAGAGCAAAGAGUGGUACCAUGCCAACCUGUCUCGAAGUCAGGCUGAGAACAUGUUGAUGCGGGUCCCACGGGACGGUGCCUUCCUAGUCAGGAAGAGGACCGAGUUCAACUCCUUCGCCAUCUCCUUCCGAGCGGAGGGGAAGAUCAAGCACUGUCGGGUGCAGCAGGAGGGCCAGACGGUGGUGCUGGGCACGUCGGAGUUCGACAGCCUGGUGGACCUGAUCAGCUACUACGAGAAGCACCCGCUCUACCGCAAGAUGAAGCUGCGCUACCCCAUCAACGAGGAGACGCUGGAGAAGAUCGGCACCGCUGAGCCUGACUAUGGGUCUCUUUAUGAGGGCCGGAACCCAGGGUUUUAUGUGGAGGCCAACCAGAUGCCUACGUUUAAGUGCACAGUGAAAGCCAUGUAUGAGUAUAAGGCCCAGAGAGACGACGAGCUCUCCUUCAGUAAGAACGCAGUCAUCUCCAACGUGGACAAGCAGGAGGGUGGAUGGUGGAAAGGUGACUUUGGAGGCAAGAAGCAGCUUUGGUUCCCGGCCAACUAUGUGGAGGAGAUAAGCCCUACUGCUGUGGAGCCUGACCGAACACAGCUGACUGAGAACAGCCCUCUGGGAGAUCUCUUGAGAGGAAGUGUGGAAGUGUCUUCCUGUCAGAUAGUGGUCCGCCAAGAGGGCAAGGGCAGCCGGCAGUUCGUCUUUUCGCUGGUGCCAUCGGCCGCACCGCGGUCGCCCGUCCUGGACAUUGCCGCCAGCACUCAGGAGGAGCUCAAGGACUGGGUCAUCAAGAUCCGCGAGGUCACCAUGACCUCCGAGGCGAAGCUGGAAGAAGGGAAGAUUAUGGAGAGGAGGAAGAAGAUCGCCCUGGAGCUUUCGGACCUGGUCAUCUAUUGCCGGCCGGUUCCUUUUGACGAAGACAAGAUUGGAACGGAGCGUGCUUGCUUCCGGGACAUGUCGUCCUUCCCAGAGACCAAGGCGGAGAAGUAUGUGAACCGGAUCAAGGGGAAGAAGUUCUUGCAGUACAACCGGCUGCAGCUGUCGCGCAUCUACCCCAAGGGCCAGCGCCUGGACUCCUCCAACUACGACCCCUUACCCAUGUGGCUGUGCGGCAGUCAGCUGGUGGCCCUCAACUUCCAGACCGCAGAUAAACCCAUGCAGAUGAACCAGGCCCUGUUCAUGCUCAACGGCAGGAGCGGUUAUGUCCUGCAGCCGACCAUCAUGAGGGACGACAACUUCGAUCCGUUUGACCGCCACUCUCUCAGGGGCAUGGAGACCAGCACUCUGGUCAUUGAGGUGUUGGGGGCACGUCACCUACCUAAGCACGGCAGGGGCAUCGUGUGUCCACUGAUCGAGAUUGAGGUGUGUGGGGCUGAGUAUGACAGUGCCAAGCAGAAGACUGACUCAGAAGCUGACAACGGCCUCAACCCCACCUGGCCGCGCAAAUCCUUCCGCUUCACGGUCGGCAACCCUGCGUUUGCUUUUUUGCGCUUCGGCGUGUACGAGAUCGACAUGUUCAGUGACCAGAAUUUCCUUGCACAGGCCACCUUUCCAAUCAAUGGCCUCAAGACAGGCUACCGGUCGGUCCCUUUGAAGAACAGCUAUAAUGAGGAUCUGGAGCUGGCCACUUUGCUUGUCCACAUGGAGAUUAUCAGAGGACGGCCUCAUGAGAACGGGGAGAUGAGUCCCUUCCUGGGCGCCGCCACCAUGGGACUGGCCAGCUACGUGGGGCGCGAGCGUAUGGGCGAGUCCGGCUCGGUGUCCUCGGCCUCCUCCAUGUCCCCUCUGCCCUCGUCGCCGGGCCAGGCGCUGGGCUACCGGGGCCGGGAAAACUCCUUCGAGUCGCGCUACCAGCCCCCGCUGGACGACUUUAGGGUGUCCCAGCAAGAUGCGCUGUUGGACCAUGUGGACCCCCAGAACAGGAGGCUGAUGCGGCGGACCCGAGUGGGCGGGGAGAACCGAGUCUAGAUGGAGCGGCGACGCCGAUGAGACGCCCCCCCCGGCUGCCGUCCCGGGUGCUCGCUCGCUCGCUCUCUCUCUCUCUCUCUCUCUCCCGCUCAGCUCGCUCUCUUGUCUCCGCCGGUGCCGACGAUGUCACGGACUGCUGUGAAAAUUGUUUCUAUGGAAACGUCGCCAGAGCUUUUUGGCCCACAUUUCAGGCAGAUCUCCCCUCCGUGCGUGUGCUCCCCUCUCUUCCUGCCUCUCUCUCCAGCCAAUCAGCACCAACACCCCCUCCCCCCCUCCACACACAAACACACACGCACACACAACCUCUACUGGACAGACGGCGGGGCUGGAGGUAGGAGUGGAUGGAAGCAGGGAGUGGAGCGGUCGUGGAAAGUGCAAACGCGGAGGCCAGAGUGGAGCCGUUGCCUGAACGGAGGACCACAAGGAGCCAUGGAAACGCAGCAGUGUGUGUGUGUUUCCCCAAGUUUGAGUUAUGUUUUUUUUUUUCCCUUUUCUCUGGCAUAUAUAAGUAUAUAUAGAUUUCUAUAUAAAUAUAUAUUUAUUUCAGCUUUGCUGUCUACCAGAGAACAGCCAUAGCUGACCUGCUCUCAAAGAGCCCUUUUUUUUUUUUUGUUUUGUUUUUAUUGAUCAUUUUUUUUGUGUUAUUUAAACCUUAGUUUUAACCUCUCAUAAUGUGACGCCUUUCCUUUUUUUAACUUUUGAAACUCUUCAGACCAUGUGCCCUUUUUAAACACAAGGGUUUUUCUCACCCCUCUCUGGUGAGAGACGUCCGGUAGCAUCCGGCCUGUCCCUGAGCACACAUUAGUGCUGUUUUUUUCCUCUCUUUUUCAUUUUCCUUUUUUUUUUUUAAAUCGGGAGGGGGAAAAAAACCAGAGCGACCGUCUGAAAAGAAGCUCAGGAAGAGGAUACUGCCUGUUUGUGUUGGACGCCACUGGUUUCAGGAAGAAACAGAAACAUGGGAGAGCGCAGGACUUUUCUGGCAUCGGCUGCGCCUCCCACACAGCCAGACUCUCCAUUGGUUUCUCUCUCUCUCUGUUUUUUUAUUUUUUGUAUUUUUUUGUGUUUGCGUUGUGUUGCGUAAGGCAGGUUGUCCGGAUGCGGAUAGUGGUGAACUAGCCACGACUGCUCUGCUCUACGCUAACUCUCAGCGUAGCUGGGCCACUCAGAGGACGCUGUUGCACACUCAUCUCUAACUCAGUCAGUAUGGCAGCGCACACUGUAAAAUACUAUGUUCAGUUUUACAACUUUUAUUUUGGUUCUUUUUUUUUCUCUCUUAACCUUUGCCAACAGCGAGGACAAAAUAUCCAAUGGUGUUUUUUUUUCUGCUGAGAAUACCAUCAGAAGUGUAUUGUGUAUGUGUAUGUGUAUAUACCUAAAUCUCAUCUUAAACCCCCAGCGAAACCUUUUACUGUUAAUGAGUCCAUUUAUCAUGGGAAUGAUCGCAGCUUAUUUUAGGUUGCGGGAAAUAUUUUUCCUAUAUGUAUUUUGUUUCCCCUCAGAGUCUGAGACCAUUUAGUGCUGCAGCAUUUUGUGUUCCAUGUUGCUUUUAAAAAAUGCCCUUUUCUCCUCCUUCGCUUCUGAUGAGUAUUACUCUCUCUCUAAUGCCUUUCAUUGAAGACUUUUACCUAUUUACUAACAGAAGACUUCAGCCAUGUUUAUAAUGCUUGUGUGUUGUGAAAUAUGCCAAGGAACAGUAGGGCAAGCACAGAAAAGAAAAGAGCGCCUCAUUUGACCUUGGCUUUUCCCAGAUGAAUAUUACCAAAAAAUAGAAAUAAAUAAGAGCAGUAUUGCAAAAUGAGGGACCAAAUAGAAUGACUAUGGUGCACUGAACAAAGUGCGCUGAUUGAGUGAUUUAUAUUUAUAUAUAUAUAUAUAUUGCAAUUACUUUUAUUUUCUCCCCAAAAUUGGAUCCACUCAUUUCUGUAGGUUGGGUGGACCAAAAAUUAGGUUAGCCUUGAAGGUCAGUAAAAUAUGAUUUAUAAGCCAGUUUUUCUUUUGUGCCAUUUCGACAUGAAAUUGCCUGCUUUUCAUUGAAGUGUAUUUGAUCUCAUGUUUUUACAACCGUGAAAAAAAAGUGAAUCAUCAGCUUAACUGGUGACUACCACAAUGCCCGGUGAUUAGAUAGUCCUGGAUCUACAAGCACCACACAGGAAGAAAUACCCAAGCGCCAAACUCUGCAGUUGCUGUCUUCAGCCUACAGAGGUCAUGCAGGAAGCCCCACAAGCACUUAAGUGUGUGUGUGUGUGUGCUUGCAAACAGUCAUCUUAAUUCCGUUAAUGAAAACGUUGCUCACACUAUUAAUUUUCUCUCCGUUGAAACUGUCGUUUGCCGUUUUGUAGGUACACCCACACCUGUGGUUCAGCCGUAUAACGAACUGCCCCAGACUUUCAUAUGAUGGGGACACAGAUAGUGAUAGUUAAUGUAUCAUCGUUUCAUAAAUCUGGUCAUUUUCCAUACUUUCAGUGUGAUUAAAGCUACUCCCCCCUUGAUAACCAUGGAAAUUGUUACUGGCCAACAGUAUAUAACAGUGCUAUUGGAAGAGUAUGACUAGUUGAGGGUUUGAUGACUAUUAAAUCAUGUAUGUACAAUCACUGCAACAUUGCUAUAAACAUAAACUGCUUCACCUGCAUAACCAGGUCAUGAACAUGUUGAAUAUUGAGAACACGUAACCUUAUGUUAGUUAUUCCUCAUCACAUAUGGGUCCCAAGACUACAGCUUGGAUGGACAACCAAUGGAAAGGGUCUGGCUCUGCUGUCUGCGAUUUGUUUGUGGACAUCAGGGUCAUCAAGAGUCAACAAUCAGAGCAAUUUUCAAUUCAGUUUAAUUUAUGGUGCCACCAACAAUUGGAAUUCACUGAGCCUCUUUAGCAGGCACUAAGGUGACUGUGGGCUACAGGAAAGGGGCACAAAGGUGUGCACUUCCCUCCCCAAGUGAGCGAGAGCCAGUCGGCUGCAGUGUGGACCUUCAUCUCAUUCAUGCAUGUACUCAUUCAUGUCAUCGUCUACAUGGGCUGUGUUGACUCCAGAUGACUUCUGUUUUCUUGCCGCAUCUUUAUAUAAGCUACUGGUUUAGUUCCUACGCUGUGCUAUUUAUGACCAGUGAAUACAAUACUUACAGAAAAAUGAUACAAAAAAUACAAAACUUCAGCCUCCACUAUAGGUUUUCCCAUUAGCACGAGUGAAAGAAAAUAUACAAUGUUUUUUUUUUUUGUUUAAAAUUGCUCAGCCACACUUGCCCUUGUCCUCCUUUAGGAUUUCGGCAUGGCUUGCCGGCUUUCAUGUGCCUCGGUGUACAUAUGCACACAUAUUUAUAAAUACACACCCACAGGAAUCUCCUUUUCAAUAUAUAUAUAUAUAUAUAUAUAUAUAUAUAUGUCUGUUUUGUUCUCCCCCUCAUGGUCACCCUUCUUUUGUUACUGAAGCUCUUUACGAAGCCUUUUCUGUAAUGUGCCUAUGCUAUGCGGGGUGAGAACGGGAAAGUAUACAUUUUAAUUUUGCCUUUCAUAAGAAACAUAUUCAAGCCUGAAAAUUAAAUAAAGUACUUAUUCAACUAU